UUUAAAAGCGCUCGGAGCUGGUUCCCACACUGGCAGAGAGUUGACUCAGAGUCACCGCACAGCUUGUUGUUCAGGAUAUCGCAUCUUAGGCUGCAAAAAUGGUCGAUCAGUUUGUUGGGACAUGGAAGAUGAUUUCCAGCGACAAUUUUGAUGACUACAUGAAAGCAAUUGGAGUGGGAUUUGCAACCCGGCAGGUGGGGAACCGGACCAAGCCCAAUUUAGUAGUGAGCGUGGACGGCGAUGGGUCCGUAUGCCUGAAGUCUCAGAGCACCUUCAAAACUACUGAAAUCAAGUUCAAGCUCAACGAGCCCUUUGAGGAGACAACCGCAGACGAUAGGAAGACGAGGACCGUGGUGUCUCUGGAGAACGGCAAACUUGUGCAGAAACAGAGCUGGGAUGGCAAGGAAACAAAUAUCGAGAGGGAGAUCACAGAUGGGAAACUGGUAGCUAAAUGCAUAAUGGGAGACGUGGUCGCCGUGAGGACGUACGUAAAGGAGGCGUGAUGGCGUUUAUUCUUUAGAUGCAUUGCUGGACGACAGGCUCAGUUCAAUGAGCGUUAAUACCAAACUGAUGAAGUAAUAGGCGUGUUCUUUAUUCUUUAUCCUCACUGUGUUGCCUCGAGAAAAAAAAAAAAAAAAAACUCUAAUUUCUGUGCCUCUGUUCUCCAACAUUUGGUUCCAUUUGGAUUUGUUUUGGUGAUUUGAAUAAAAAUGAAGUUGUCAAAAUGA